CUCUCUAGUGUUGCCAAUCUCUAUAUUCUUGAUACUUGGAAAUUGCUUGAAACUCUUGAAUCAUCUUGAAUAUUUCUUGAUAUUGCUUGUGCUUGUUCUUGAAACUGAAAUCCAGAAAUGGAUAAUGAUUAUUGGAAUCCUCAUUAUCUUGAUACUUGUCUGAAAUUAAUUCUUGCAUUGUUCUUGGAAUCUAUUUCGAAUUGUCCUUGAAAAACAUUCUUGUCUUGACCCUUGCUCUUGUUCAAAUUUUGUAUACUGCUCUUGCUCAAAUCCUGCAUAUUUUGCUAGUUCUUGCUUUAGUACACCUGUUGAUUUUCUUGAUUUUUGAUUUUUGUUCAUAUGGACACCUCUUUAGGAGGGGUGAUGAUUAUUAGAAAAUACCUAUAUAAGGCAUCCUCAUUCUUGUCUCUUGCAAGUGUUAAUCUUUGUAUCCUUGAUGUCUCAGCUUUGACUUGACUCUAGGAUGUCUAGGAUGACUUGAUUGUAAAUCUGCUUAGCCUUCAUGGGCUACGAUGUGAAGGGGUAGUCUUUGAAGUACCUGAUGCCCUAGAGUUUUGUUCCAAGAGAAAUGGUUGUUUUAUCUGGCUGCUUUGAUUUUUGUUUGCCCUUUUAAUUAGAAGAUCGUAAUCUUCUAAGUAUCCUGAUCCCCACUAUUGAUUAUUCCGUUAAUUAAUUCGUGUUACUUGGGGUACUAGAUCUUGACAUCCUGGUUAUAUCUGUUUUUGAAUUUGUGUUCUGGUUGUCAUUAUUGAAAUCUCUUUUGUGGGCCUAAUCCUUGAAUUCUAUUGCUUGUUUCAUGGUUAACUCUUGUCUCUCAAUUUUGACUGCUUGGUUAAAUUUGAUCUUGAUUCUUGGUGAAUGCCGUUUUGUUGUUGAAAAUUUUUGAGGCAUUCUACCUUGCGCUCUUGUGUUCUAAUAUUCUUCCAAGCAUUCAUAUUUUCCAUUGAUUUUAUUUUGUUGCAGUUCUUGAGAUUCUUACAUGUCUUUUGAUGGGUCCAGCUUUUAACUCUUGUUAAUUGCUAAAAUCUGUUUCUUAAUUCCAAUUGUUUUGUUAAGCAUGAUUUUACUUAUUGGUUAACCUUGUUGUGGCAGAAUUUAUAAGGCAUCCAUGCACUUGUUCAUUCAUUCAUGAUCCAUAUAUCCAUUGAAUGCUUAUCCGUCUUUGAUAGAGUUGAAAGUUUUGUUGUACUCGUCUUUAAAUCCAUGCCAUUCUUUGCCAACUCGUCUUGUGUUGGGUUCAUAGUGUGACCCAACAACUGUUCUUCUGUAGCCUUGGCAGGAUUUAUUUUUAUUCCUUGUGCUGUCCGUAUUACCCCAACCUCUAGUAGCUUGUUUCAUGGUAAAUCCUGUUAAAUAGUAAUGUUCUGCUUUUAGGAUUAGUUGUGGAUUGAUAUCAGAGUGGCGCAGUGGAAACGUAAUAGGCCAUAUUCUGUUCAUAAAGGGUUGGUGAGGCA